AUGUCCAGUCCGCCGAAACGUCAGCGCACGAGCGAUCACGACGCCCGAAUCGACCCCGAUGAGACACCCACACGCGCCCGAUUCCAGCGACGCCCCGACGACGACGUCUUUACCGAAGCUGUCGGUCCCGCAACGCGCUCGGUGCCACCUGCGUCUUCCUCCUUUGCUCCCGUGCUUACGAAUAGGCCAGUCUUCUCCGGAGACGGGACGGAGCAAUAUGCCACGUCGGAGACGUCGCGUACCGGGGCCUCAUCGCGUCCCUCCUCCCCGUCGAAGCGGGCCCCGAAGCGGACCCUCAAGGUGCCGAGCCUGCUCGACUUGGCGAUACCCGUCAGGUUCACCAAUCCGCGAGUUCUGGAGGAUGUCCUCCCGAGCGACGCCCAGAGUCUCUCCCAGUCUCUAUCUAUUGUGGCCGGCAAAGAGUCUAUCCUACCUGCCGCCUUGCAACACCACGGCGACUUUAAGUCGUCCCGAUAUCGACCGUUCAUGUGGGCGCCACCUGUCGUUGGCGCAACCCCCGAUUCAUAUCAGACGGCUGUAAAGAAUCACGAGCAGCUGCAAGACAUUACGGAGGAAUCGACUACUUCGCUUGCUUUAUCUCGAUCAGAGGCUGCCUGGAACUGUCGUGUGCACGGCCCGUUUUUGAAGUUUGCCCUUCGUCAUGCAGACGGGAUCGAUUUCGAACCCAUCACCUCUGCGCAGGUUCUUUCCUCGUUCCGCCCAAAGUUCAAGUCAAAAGACGUCGCCACAUCCACUACUAGCAGCGCGAGCGCUGCGUCUAGCCAUGAUUCCGCACCAUUGCAAAAUUGGCCCACCGCCCCGGCAUCAUCCGUCCACAAAAUGGUCGACUUUGCCCUAGUGCUUAAGCCGGAUGAGAGCUUGGAAACUCUGAUUUCUGACUUUCUCCGCGGCGAGCCGUACAAUACCGCCUCAAUUAACCAGACGAGAUACGAGCCCCUCCGCACGCGGCCAGCCCCCAUCUUCAUCGAAACCAAGACACUAUCCGGAACUGUCGAGAGCGCCCGCGUACAAAUGGGCAUCUGGAUUGCCGCAUGGCACGAGCGUAUGCGCACCAUUAUAGCACUAGGUGGGGAGGUAAAGCCUGGGGAGGUUAAGCCGGUUAUCACUGUCCCUAUCAUUCAGGUCCUUGACGGUCUAUGGACUGUAUUCUUUGUCGUGGACAGCGGCACGGAAAUAGUAAGUCUUGCCCGCCAAUUUGUUACCUCCUUGCUAAUCCUGUUAGCGCAUACUUGA